AUGGCGCCAGUCAUGCGGGUGCUCAUUUGGAUCUUCAUCCCUCUCGGCUGGCCCAUUGCGAAGCUGCUCGAGCUCAUUCUCGGCGCACACCACGGCAUCGUGUACCGCCGCAAGGAACUGCGCGAGCUCAUCAAGAUCCACGCCGCGAACGGCCACGCCGGUGGCGAUCUCGACUGCGACACUGUCAUCAUCGCCCAGGGGGCUCUUGACCUCGCUCAGAAGACGGUUCAGUCUGCCAUGACGCCCAUUGACGAUGUGUUCAUGCUCCCGAUCGAUGCUACUUUGGAUUACAAGACCCUCGACCGGGUUGUUCGCUCUGGCCACAGUCGCAUCCCCGUGUACACGAUGAUCGAGGUCCCCGACAUUGACCUGACUCGCCCCACUCCCGGUCCUCCCAAGACGAAGACGGUCAAGAAGAUCAUCGGUAGUAUGCUCGUCAAGAGCUGCGUGCUCCUUGACCCCGACGAUGCCACGCCUCUGGCUUCCAUCCCGAUCAACUCGCUUCCCACUGUGCCCUACGACGAACGCCUCACCAACGUCCUGAACGUUUUCCAGGAGGGCCGCUCGCACAUGGCCAUCGUUUCGCGCCGCGGUCGUGUCGCCGACGCCACUUGCAACGAGCAGUCUGUCGCCGCUGUUGCUGCCGGCAGUCUUCGUCAGCGGUUCAUGCGCUCCGUCCGUGGCAAGGGAGGCUCUGACGCCGACACUGUCGACGUCGAGCAGGGCUUCUUGAAGCUUUUCCGCAAGAAGAGCGGGGGGACCCCCAUGUCUAGCACUACUGCUGUGAACGACACAAUCGACCCCACUGCCACUGGUAUCACCGACGAGAAAGCCGCCACUGAGCAGCAGCACCGCCAGCAGGCUCGUCGUUCGGUCUCUGUUGCGAAGAAGGCGACUCGCCUCAGCCAGCUUGACCAGGCCGUCCCUGCUGAUGCUGCAAUCCCCGAUGAGAAGCUCGUUCAGUUCUUCGAUACUCUCGAGGGUCAGCCGCUCGGCAUCAUCACACUCGAGGAUGUUCUUGAAGAGCUCAUCGGCGAGGAGAUCUAUGACGAAUACGAUAAGCACGACGGCACGGACUGCUCCUUUGUCCCCAUGGAAGACGUCGACUACUUGGCCAAGUCGGCCAGUUACGCGACUCUGGGCCGCGCAUCCCGGAUUACGACUAGCGAUGUGUCUGCUCCUCUUCCUCUCUCAGCGGACGGAGCCGUAAUCGAGGCGACGCCCGAGCCGAUCGCUCGUCCGACGUCGCCUCGUCCAAGUGUCCAGUCCAAUACCCGUCCUGUCACCCCUACUUCUCUCCUUCUCGAACGCAACUGCAUUACAUCUGCCGACGUCGGCUCCAUGCGUCUGCGCGCUCAUUCAGGAGUCACUCUUGCUCCUGCCACCGGCAAUGAGGUCGUUGGGACUUCCACCGCGAACGAGCUCGGCAGUAGGCGCGCUUCCCGUUCUUCCUUCAAGUCGGCUCCGUUGUCUCGCGCGGUUACACCGAUCGGCAGUCGCUGCCCCAGCCCUGCGCCGGCGAGCGAUGCGGUAGAGGUCGUUGGAGGAGAGGCGAGUAGGAACGUCACCCAGUAG